GAUCACCAGUGUCAAACUUUCAAUACUAGUACUAAAACUACAGAUCGUAUAUGCCACAGGGACCAAAACUGUAGUUACACCUGUUUUUGUGUGUUUAUUUUAGUAAAAUUAAAGUUAAAGCAAAGUAGAAACGAAAAUACUUUUGAGAGUUGUACCCGGUGCUGUGUUGAUGGUACAUCGUGUAGAGAGAAACGAGAUCUUUGAGUGACAGAGAUGCUUUGCCGGGGAACGAGUGUUUGCAGACUCGAGACUUCAAUCAGGAGGAGAGAUAUUAGCACCAAACUGCUAACGUAAGCCCCGUGAAAAAAUUUCGUGCUAACAUAAGCGACGGGUGCGCAUCCUAUUUAAUCUUCCCUCUCACCCACACAUCACCAUGCCCUUCACCCUCCUCAAACUCACCACCGUAUCUUCUAUUCCCCUCCACCACCGGCGUCAAUACUGGUGGCUAGGUCGCGCAAUCGCCACCGGGAGGUCUACGACGCCACCUCCGAUGUGCUCGAGCUGGUGGAGGACAACAACCUGUGCGACCCCAGCGCACGAUAAUAAUAGCAACGAUAAUAACAGUAAUAACAGACUAGGGUUUCGUGGUCAGAAAAAUUUGAGAUAUACGUCCAAAGAUAAAGGAGGAGGAAACGCAUUUAACGGUGGUAGAGUGAGUAUGGGAUCCGUAAACAAUGAUAACAGAGAUGACAAACGGGCAACGGAGAACGACCGCGGCUCCGGUGUCACGUCUACAUUGUCGUCGGACAACCACCGCCACCUAAAAUCGGCGCCGUCUAAACAGAAUCCGUCGACUAAAUUGCUCACGUUGCCUACGAUCUUAACAAUCGGACGCGUUGCGGCGAUUCCUGUUAUCGUUUGCACUUUUUAUAUGAAUAGUCGGCUGGGGACAACUGCCACCACAGGCAUCUUCAUUGCUGCAGCAAUUACAGAUUGGCUUGAUGGAUAUCUUGCACGAAAAAUGAACUUAGGAACUGCCUUUGGUGCAUUUUUAGACCCUGUGGCUGAUAAGCUUAUGGUGGCUACUACCUUGGUGUUGUUAUGUACAAAACCUCCGGAAGCUUCUAUGCUUGGAGAAUUGCCUUGGUUAUUAACUGUGCCAUCAAUUGCAGUAAUUGGUAGAGAGAUAACGAUGUCUGCAGUUAGAGAAUGGGCUGCUUCUCAGGGUAGUAAACUUUCUGAGGCUGUUGCUGUAAAUAAUUUGGGGAAAUGGAAAACAGCGACACAGAUGACUUCAUUAACCAUUCUUCUCAUAAUUAGAGAUCCCAGUUUUACGGAGGUAGGGUUUCUGGGAGCAAGUGGUGUUGGUUUACUUUACGUAUCGGCUGGGCUAGCUUUAUGGUCACUGGUUGUGUAUAUGAAGAAGAUAUUGAAAGUAUUAAUUUCUUAAAAAAAAA